AUGAAGAAAUAACUAUUUAAAUAGAGAUUAUUCAGAAAACUGCAUCGACUUAAAAAGAAAAAGAUUAGAUCUUAUGUAAAGUGAUGAUAUACAAUCUAUUAAGAAAAUUGUAUAAUUACAACUAUAAAUCAACAAAAAUACAAGUGAAAUAUAAAAGUUAUUUGAUAAAAUACAUAAGUUAGUUAAAUUUGGAGAUCCUGAUCAAUUAAAUGUUAGAGAAAUGGUUUAUCAUUAGAAAACUAUGUAUCAAAAAGUUUCAGUUAUUUUUACAAGCUGGGUAAAAUAAGAUUUUUCAUUCUAAUUAAACAAUUCAAAAAAAAUGAAAAGAUAAGUAUUUUCACAUUUAAUAAUUAGAAAUAUUUAUAACCUAACAUAACUGAAAAAUAGAAGACAGAGAUUAUAUCAGAUCCAUAAGGUUUGAGAAUAUGGUAAUGA